AUGGCGGCUCAAACGAGAAUCGCACAGCUAUCCUCAGUUGCUUUGAGGAUAAGCGCUUUAGUAUUCUUCAGACUUUUCCCUGCACAUUUUGGCUUUGUCGCCUUUGCUCUAUUCGCUGUCUAUGUCCCGUCUUAUGUUGCAACCUUCUUCACCAAGCCAGAAGUUGGCGUACUGAAGGAUGAGAUUGACGUCACUGUCCAAGAGUCUGCUAUCACAGAUGAAACCCCUUUGCUCACUGCCGAUGGCGUCGCAGUCGUGCCUGAGCCUGAGAUCGUCACCGAUGUAGUUGACGUUAAGGAGGAGGUCGUUAUUGGUGAAAAAGUCCCCAGCAUUUUCAACAUCCUCACUCUGGGAGCUCCUAGUGCUGCGCGUCCUAUUGCGAGUCUCUUGACCUUCCUCAUUAACGCUCUUCUCAUCGGCUUGACAGCUGAUGCUCUGUACCGUGCUCGAUGGUAUUAUCCUGCUGACGACCUAUCUUUUGUCCGACUCGGAUAUGUUUCGCCAUCAGAGGCUAGAUUCGUUAUUCGCGAGCCUGACCAGCUGCAAAUGCCUAUCACAUUUGAGUAUCACGUCAAGGAUACCGAGCCUUAUGACCCUAAGAUGUGGCUCACUGGUGGCCUCAUCACUUCCACUGACAACAUCACCGAUUUCACCACAACUCUUACCGUGCCUCUGGACCCGGCCAAGCAACUGACCUAUCAGUGGAGAACUUCUAACAACCACACGGGCGAGUUCCGCGCCGCUCCCAAGGCGGGAGAUAUGCCUGAUACUAAGGACGGUCUUUUCACUUUCCUCUCCACCUCUUGCAUUCUUCCUCGAUUCCCUUACAACCCGCUGGACCAUGCCUUGGCUAUUCCCGGCUUGAGAAAUCUUGCCAACCUCUUGCCUUCACUGGACGCCCAGUUCAUGCUGUUCCUCGGUGACUUCAUCUACGUUGACGUUCCCGAGCGCUUCGGAAAGACAGCUGAGGAAUACCGUAUGCAGUAUCGCCAGGUUUAUGCUUCACCUGAUUGGGCUCCUGUUGCUCAGAACCUCAGCUGGCUCCAUGUCCUCGACGAUCACGAGAUUUCCAAUGACUGGUCUUCAAGCACUACCGGUGUCUACAGCGCGGCCGUUGACCCUUGGCACAUCUACCAGGCCAACAUCAACCCUCCCGUGUCCCAAGCUGCGGGUCCUCUCAACCUGCGACGCAAUGCCACAUGGUUCGAGUUCACUCAGGGACCAGCCAGCUUUUUCAUGAUGGACACCCGUAGCUACCGCUCCAGCAACAAUGCACCAUUCAAUUCGACCGACAAGACCAUGCUGGGCAAGGAGCAGUUGGCCGACUUGUUGGCUUGGCUCGCACGCCCCAUGCCUAAGGGAGUUCGAUGGAAGUUCAUUGCUUCUUCUGUUCCCUUCACUAAGAACUGGCCUGUUAAUGUCAAGGAUACCUGGGGUGGUUUCCUUGUUGAGAGAAAGCAGAUUCUUGAAGCUAUGUGGGAUUCUGGUGCUCGAGGAACCAGCGUUGUUAUUCUCUCUGGUGAUCGUCAUGAGUUUGCCGCUACUAGGUUCCCACCUCCUGUUGGCUCACGAUGGCCCCAGACUGCUGCAGCUCAUGAGUUCUCUACCAGCCCUCUCAACCAGUUUGCCUCGCCGAUCGGCACAUACAGACAGACAGACGAUGAGGAUGUUAUGAUGAACUAUAUUCCUGGCGGCAUGUCCAAGUUUGGCUCCUUCUCAAUUGACAAGCUUGAGGACAACAGGAGCUCGCUCUACUACACCCUUUACAUCGAUGGAAAGGAGACAUGGAAGGCGACCGUCCAGGCGCCGGAUCAACCUGAAGUUAUUGUCGAGGAGGUUGUUGCCCCAUCAUUCUGGGAUAAGAUCAACAAGUUCUUCUAG